CAAGUCCUCGUGCAGCUGUUGUUGCACGCUGUUGCGUCCCUACAUGUAUCCACAGUUGCGCAGAGAUUAAACAUUCAUUCUUGUGAUGGCUCCGCUACAGUAACAAACUGAGAUUACAACAAUCGAAAUAUUUCUAUUUGACAUACAGGAAAAUAGCCUAUAAUUCAUUAACGGAUUUUUUUGCAGUUUGCACGAAUAAUUUUACUGCAGAUGCCAGGAUGGGAUCCCCCGCAAAAUCUGACGAAAAGACCAUGGACUCAAUCAACUACAACAGCCACAAAUCCAAUUUUUCGCAUUGUUUAGGCGGGCUGCCAACCGCAUUUUGCGUCAUUUUGUCGGUGUGUUCUAUUGCAUUUUGUUUUUUGGUAAACUUCAGGACAGCUCACCUGGAGUACAGAGUGCAGACUUUGGAGAUGGAGAGAAUGUCCCCGAUCCCUUCCGAUGAGAAUGGAACGGUACCUGGUCUUCAGGAUAUCAUUGAAAAACUAGUGCACGAGAGACUGACCAAAGCACUGCCCAAACUUCGCGCUGCCAGGGAUGUCAUUCAAGAGUGCUCCUGUCCUCCAGGUCCUCCAGGAAAACGGGGAAGGAUGGGAAGACGAGGCGACUCUGGAUCUCCAGGCACGCCUGGACGGGAUGGUUACCCGGGCCCACUUGGGAUGGAUGGGAAGCCUGGUGGUCCUGGUCCUAUGGGAAGCCAGGGAAUGUCUGGGCCAAAAGGAGAAAAGGGAGACCAAGGAGAUAUGGGGCCCAGGGGACUCCCUGCACUUGCGGGCUCUGCAGGUCUGCUCAGUAAUCAGAUUCUCACGGUCAAGAUGGUCUUCCCUCGCUUUGACCACGGCUUUCUCUCUGGCGACCAGCACACAUUUCACAAACGCCUCCUGAAGGGUGACCAGGGUCAGGCUGGCCCCCCUGGACCCCCGGGGCCCCCUGGAUCACCAGGGCCCAGAGGACCCCCUGGGAACACAGGGAAGGAUGGGCCCAGAGGACCCCCUGGAGACCAGGGUUCACCUGGUCGAGAUGGAAUCGAUGGAUUAGAUGGACUGAUGGGUCCUCCUGGACAGAAGGGUGAGGAUGGACAGCAGGGCGUGCCUGGAUCACAGGGGUCUCCGGGGCUAAAGGGGGAGCAGGGGGCUGCUGGUGACCAGGGCAGGACUGGCCUUGAUGGACUACCAGGGAUGAAGGGCUUACCAGGAGAGAAGGCUGUUCCUGGCUCCUAUGACAACAUCGGCCUUGGCCAAGUCGUUCAGGGUCCCCCAGGGCCACCAGGGCCCCCAGGAGGCCAAGGGUCAAAGGGAGACUCAGGCUCACCUGGUGCACCUGGAGCUGAUGGGGAUAAGGGAGCCAAAGGGGAUAGAGGUGAUGAUGGGAUGACUGGAGUGGCAGGGGAGAAGGGAGAGCGAGGCCUGAUGGGCCAAACUGGACUUGCGGGAGCUGACGGUAAAAAGGGAGAGCGAGGGGAUUCAAGGUUUGAGGACAGUCUGGCCCAGAGGAUCUCUAUCCCAUGCCCUCCAGGGCCUCCCGGGCCCCAGGGUUUCAUGGGACUUGAUGGCAGGCCUGGCCCCAAGGGGGAACCAGGUGAGGGAGUGAAAGGAGAUAAGGGAGAUGCAGGCGACAAAGGUCCUCCUGGGUUAAGGGGUACCCAGGGUCUUCCAGGUUCUACAGGGUUGGUUGGUCUCCCUGGCACCAAAGGGGGAAAGGGAGAGCAAGGAUUGCCGGGAUUAGAUGGUUUCCCCGGGCUGAUGGGACAAAAGGGGGAGAGGGGGGGCAGAGGAGACAAGGGUGACAGGGGGAUGCUGGGAAAGAAGGGACUGAAGGGACAGAAGGGCGAGCAAGGCCCCCCUGGACUGGACCAGCCCUGUCCUGUGGGCACCAAUGGGGGUGGAGAACACCCUGGGGAGGCGGGGCAACUCUCAGGCGCCCCUUGCCCCCUGGGUCGGGAUGGGUUACCCAUACCUGGGUGUUGGCAUAAGUGAUGACUGACCUGGGAUCUGGGAUCUGUACAUAUCGAUAUAUAUUUUUCAAAAAAAACUCAAGUAUUGUUUUUUGUUGUUGUUGCCAAUUCUAAUUUAAUAUAUUGAGUUUUUCGUAUUGGAAUUUAGAUUGUGGGUCACAAUCAAUAUUUUUUACUUUUUGCAUAUGAAAAGAAAACUAUUUUUUUUAGUUUAGAGAUUACUUACAAGAACGAUAUCAUGCACACAAAGAGGGGAGACUGGUGACAAACGGAAAGCAGCAGCGAAUGCACUCAACACCUACCGGAUGGACAAAUGUUGCUGCUUUUAUCUAUACGGGGAGAAAUAAAUCAUUGAUUCUGACUAACAGGCUCACUAGUGUUCCCAUAUUGGAGUGUACAACUCAGCCUGCACCUUGCAAAGACAUCUACCCCAUCACUCCUGUGAUCGCUGUUUGCUUUGAAAGGACCAGUCCUCAUGGCAGGGACCCAAUGCCAGGUGCCUAUCCCAACCUUAGGAGAGAGGUAUGGGGAGGCACAGGAGCCACACAGACUGACUGCGCUGGACAGAGACAGAUGGCUACACCAGCAUGGAGGGAAUAUGGCUUUCACUCUUCAGCUGCAAUCCUAACUGGUACUGGAGGGACUGGAUACAAACUCCAGAUCCCUCACAACAAAUUACAGACACACACUAGCUUAGAUGAAUGGAUUUAUUUCAAGUAGUUCUACAUCACUUAGCAGUGUGUUAUCCAUUACAUGAGGUUGUGUGUUUUUGUCAUAAUGUGUGUAAAAACGAAUCAGAUCUGAAAUGAACACGUUUUAAUACCAUGAUCUUUCGAUGGCUUUUGAGAUUUAACCUUUGUCUGUAUAGACGUUUUCUUAAAUGUGUUUCAUGUUUAGAUCAAUAUUUUGGUUUAAAAUGUUUUAAAAUGUUUGUAAUGGUUUCAAAGUUGUUGCAUCAAAUGCUUUUCUCAUUCCUCUGAGUGCUCUAACCAGUUCAUUGACACAGAACACUGUAAAACUUUGUAGAUAAAUAUCAUGGGAUAUUCCUGUGUAGGUUUUAUAAAUAUAAUGGGAUAUUCCUGUGUGUAGGUUUUGUGGAAAUUCCUUGGAUCUGUCUUAUAUUCAAUUUACAUACAUUUUAAUUUCAUACAUAGCCCCUGAAAAAGUUAGAGCUAUUCAAACAGUCAGAUUUAGAUUUUCAUGUCAAAUGAAUGAUAGCAAGCCUAAAAAAGGGUCAGGACUUUUUACAUCUGACAUCAAGGUAGAAAUAAAAUACAUAUUUUCAAACCUACCAGGUGGGCUUAUUGGGCUAAUUAUUGUUUGUUCUAGAUACAUGCAGUAUUUAAGUUGUCGUUCAUAUUAAAUACUAUUUCAAAUGGA